CUUCUCUAAAGCCUCUUCUUCUUGCCGCGCGGCCCCAUUAAUUCCUCUCUUCUUCUCUGCUCCACGGCCGCUCUCCGCCUCUCGCACGCAGCCAGCAGCCCCGCGCGCACGCACGCGAUCGCGAAAGCUUCUUGCUUGCCGGGAUGGACGCACGCGCGCGCGCACGCGCCGCCAUGAGCCUCAUAGCGCCGGCGAUGGCAGUGGAGACCGCAGGCGCAGCCGCGUCGUUCGCCGCCGUCGGGACGCCGGCGGCUGCGGUGGAGGUGGGAGGGGUUGCGUCGUCGUUGUCUUCUUCGGCGGCGGUUGCGGAGUCGAGCGGAAGCGUCGGCGUGGGAGGCGCCGCGGCGGACGACGGCGAAGAUGGCGCGGCGGCGGCGGAGCGGCGGUCUUCUCGGUUCCGCCGGAUCUGCGUCUACUGCGGCAGCGCCAAGGGGCGGAAGGCCAGCUACCAGGACGCCGCCGUCGACCUCGGCAACGAGCUGGUGGAGAGGGGCAUAGACCUGGUCUAUGGGGGUGGCUCCAUUGGCCUCAUGGGCCUGGUCUCCCACGCAGUUCAUGCCGGAGGACGCCAUGUGAUUGGGAUCAUCCCAAAAUCACUGAUGCCCAGAGAGGUAACUGGGGAUCCUGUAGGGGAAGUUAGAGCUGUUUCUGGCAUGCAUGAAAGGAAGGCCGAAAUGGCUCGGUUUGCCGAUGCUUUUAUUGCUUUACCAGGUGGCUAUGGAACCUUGGAGGAGUUGCUUGAAGUUAUCACCUGGGCACAAUUAGGAAUCCAUAAGAAACCGGUCGGUCUCUUGAACGUUGAUGGAUUCUAUGACCCUCUGCUAUCGUUCAUCGACUUGGCUGUCAAUGAAGGCUUCAUCACUGAGGAGGCGAGGCAGAUCAUCAUUUCCGCUCCGACGGCCAAGGAGCUAGUUAUGAAGCUGGAGGACUAUGUCCCGGAGUAUAACAUUGGCUUGGUUUGGGAGGAGCAGCAGCAGAACCAGAAGCCAAACAAUAACCUGGUCCCUGAUCAGCUGGAGACCAGGAUCACUUCAUCAUCCUGAUGGACGUUCUAGAUCUGCUCAUCCGCUCAUCUUAAUUAGGGCGCUAACAAACCUGUGUCGACCAAGCCGGUCUAGCGUAGCAAGUGUUUACUCUCUCUAGUCCUAACCAACCAAAGAGGUAACCCAGUGAAGAACUGAUGGGGGUUGCACACAGUUGAUGAUUGUGUGUGCCUGUGUUUUGCUAGUGUUGAUGAUCUCUUAUGCUGUAACCAUUGAUGAUUUGUGUUUUGGGUGGGGCAUGAUUAGUAGCAACUUCCAACUUGUAUGCAUGGAUGGAUGGUCAAGCAGCCUGCAGAUCUUGCUGUGAGAUCAUGGAGAAAGGAUUCAUCAUACAUAUUAGAGUACAUAAUAUAAUUAAUAUAUCAAGGUUAGUGACCAUA